UCUCCAUUCCAGAUUCAAAGUUAUGCAUCAUAAUCUUCGUCUUCUUCACUCUACGUCAAGGGCUGAAUCGCCAUGUUUUGCCAACCUGAUCUAGGGUUUCAUUCUCGUUGCAUUUGAGCUGAAUCUGUCGGUGGUCAAUUUUUGUUUAUCAAAACCCCAUUUUGCAGAUCAUCUGAGAAACCCUUCUCCGAUCUGUGUCUAGAUCUUACAAAAUGCCUGUGAAAGGUUCAAUUUCUUCAUUCCGUGAUCGUACGCAUGAGUUUCAGAGCAUAACGGAGCGAUUGAAGAAAUCGUUUUCCUCAUCUCAUCAGAAUGGCCCAAGCAUUAGUAAUGCUAUAUCAGUGGAUCAACGAGCUGCACUCACAAUGCAAUCUGAUUUCAACAAGAAAGCAUCCAAAAUUGGGUUUGGCAUACAUCAAUCAUCUCAGAAGCUUUCCAAAUUAGCCAAAUUAGCAAAGAGGACAUCUGUAUUUGAUGAUCCAACAAAGGAGAUUCAAGAACUAACUGCUGUUAUCAAGCAGGACAUUACUGCAUUAAACUCAGCUGUUGUUGAUCUUCAACUUUACUCCAAUUCUCGCAACGAGAAUGUCUCUAGCGAUACAAGCAGUCAUUCAACUACAGUAGUCGAUGAUCUGAAGAAUCGCUUGAUGACCACCACAAAGGAGUUCAAAGAAGUUCUUACCAUGAGAACAGAGAAUUUGAAGGUUCAUGAUAACAGAAGACAAUUGUUUUCUUCCUCGGCCUCCUCCUCUAAGGAUUCUGCAAAUCCCUUUGCUCGUCAACGCCCAUUGGCAACUAGUACCUCCUCCUCAGUUGCAGCACCCGUUCCUCCACCCUGGGCUAUUAAUGGAUCAUCAUCGUUGUCAUCUUCAUCACAGUUGUUUCCUAGGAAGCAGUUUGAUGGCGGGGAGUCUCAACCAUUGCUGCUGCAGCAACAUCAACAGCAGCAGCAGCAGCAGCAGCAGAUGGUUCCGUUACAGGAUAGUUAUAUGCAGAGUAGAGCUGAAGCUCUCCAAAACGUGGAGUCAACUAUUCAUGAACUGGGCAAUAUCUUCAACCAGUUGGCAACCCUGGUUUCUCAGCAAGGAGAAAUUGCAAUCAGGAUCGACGAAAACAUGGACGAAUCAUUGGCGAAUGUGGAGGGGGCACAAGGGGCUCUACUAAAAUACCUCAACAACAUAUCAUCAAAUAGGUGGUUGAUGAUCAAAGUUUUCUUCGUCCUUAUUUUCUUUCUCAUGAUCUUCCUCUUCUUCGUCGCCUAGGAAAGAAAGAAAAUAUAUGUUCUAUUGCUGAUGGGUAAAGCUAUAUUGUUGUUUUCUAUCAACUUUAAUCGCAUUUCAUGUAAUUCUAUAUAGCUUUUUUUGUGUGUGCAUAAUUUGCUGCACUUUCAUAUACGAUAUGUACACUUUUGACUGA